AUGCUCCAAAGAAUUUCAGCCGUAAUAAAAAUUAAUGGUGGUCUUACCCAAUGAUCUUUCAAUUGUUUCUUUUUUAACUUCGCGCAUUUAUUCGCACAUUGUUUAUUUGUUCAGAUGUUCUAUUAGUUAUAGGCCUAAGUGAUUUCAAAUAUGUAUUUUUUACGACUAGAGUGUAUCUAAAAUGUUUUUGAGAAAAUGAAUUGUUUUAGAAGUAUAUAGUUUCGUGUUUAGUUUAUAAAAGCAUAUUUUGGUACAAAUCUUGAAGUGGGCCAAGUGUUAAGCUCACCCACCGUACUUCUCGCGCCAUCUAGUGAGCGGCGCUUCAACGCAUCAACCGUUUGCUACUGGCCAGGCGGUUACCCUACGUUACCGCUACAGGUUUUUUUGUUACCAACCGGUUUUUUUGUUACCAACCGGUGACGCAAGAAGAAGAGGGGAUGAUGGUGCCACGAGAGACAGACAUUAUUG